AUGGCGGGGAACGCGGAGGACCGGGACACUAUGUGCGCGAUCUGCUGGUCAGACUUUGACGAGGCGCCUUGCGAGGCGUUGAUGUGCGGGCACGUUUUCCAUGCAGAGUGCUUGGCGCGAGACAUGGAGGCAAGGGGCGUUUCUAAACGGCUGCAGCGAUGCCCAAAAUGCAAGAUGACAGCAGACGCAGCAGAGAAGGCGCCAGUGGCAGGGGGCCACGGCGUCUUUGCGAUCCCGGACGCCCAGGGGGGGACGCGGGUGCUUCGUCGCCGAGCGCAGGCCAGGGCAUCCGGCAUCUGCGGCGCCGGCAGUUCCUCCGGCGACGCUGCGGGGGCUGCGACGGAUGGCCAGAACGGCAGCGCGCUUCCAGCAGCGGAGGCGGCGCCCGCCGCCGCCGCGGUUCCCCAGGACAUCGUGCCUGCGGAGGCGGCGCCCGCCGACGCCGCAGCGGUUCCCCGGGACAUCGUGCCCGCCGCGGGCGCCCCCAUGGACAUCGUGCCCGCUGCCAGUCAGGGCGGCGAGCUGGCUGGCAGCCAAGCCGGCGACGGCGAGCUGGCUGGCAGCCAAGCCGGCGACGGCCCGGUCAUGCUCGACCCCCUCCGCGGGCUUCAGUGGAGGAGCGCCGCGGCGAAACGACGGAAGAUUAUGAAGGAUGCCCCGGAGCUGGUGCAGCAGUGGAACGAGAGGAUUAGGGCCGCCGCGGGCGCGGGUGCGCUCAACGACGUCCUGUUCAGCAAAGAGACCUCCGCUGGCUUCGAGAACGCGGAGACCGCGGUGGCGACCAUCAAGAAGUGCCUGGAGUCCAUCGCCAAUGACACUAGGGAACCCCACGAACUUGCAGCUGACCUCGACUUUGACCAGCGGCCUGGGCACCCGCUAGUGUGGUACGACGUGGUGAAGCGCAUCUGCGACGCUCAGGGCUACCACCACGAGGGCUUCGCGCUCCUCCUCGAGUCCAACAUCGGCUUUUGCGAGCACAGCGAGACGUACCUGACCCACGAUUUGGGCUGCACCCACCGUGUCUCGCCGUCGCAGGCGUGUCUCGUGUCGCAGAGUGCCUCCAUGCGCAAGAGCCCCCAGCUCGAGUUGGCGGACAGCCUUAUCCUCGACGCCGAGAGCGCGCCACUGGAGUGGGCGGACCGCAAAGUGCUCAUGACGGACGGGACCAAGAAAGGCACCGAGUCCACCCUAGAGCAGUACAGGCGCGGGCUGCUCAGCAGUUCGGAGGGCGCCAAUACGAUCUACGUGGAGGGCUACUCGAGUAAGGAGGCCAGGAUUCACUUCUUCUUCAAGCAGCGCCUGUGCCAGUGGACGCAGGCCGAGUCCAUCUCGUCCCCGACGGGGCAUGGGCCGAUGGCGCUCGUGAAGGGCACGUACAAUUUCGGCUGCCGCAUCAUCACGCAGCCCGAGACAGCGGACUCGACCAUGCGCCCCGGGGCGCAGGGGUGGCACAAGCGCUUGUCCAUCGCGGCGGCGCCUCAGGAGUCGCGUCUUGCAGGGUGGGCGAACGGCUUCGCCGACACUGAGUGCCAGGACUUCCUCAAGGAGAACCGCAUCAACAAGUGGUGGAAGGCAAAGCUUUUGUUUUUCCGUUCUGACCUGCUCCGCUCCUCUCUGAGCACCAUGCGCAUCUUCCAGCACUGCGCGGGCGAGCAGGCGCCGCUGCGUAGCCAGAUCUCCUUCCUCGAACUGGCCGCGGCGCUGCAGCGCGUGCACCGGCAGUGGCAGCUUCACCACGGCGCCUACAUCUCCAUGUUGGCAAAGGACCCGUCCGUGGGCGGGAUGGCGCCUGCUCCGCUGGCGGGGCGCUUGCAGUUGUCUUUGGAGCAGACUUUGCAGGCCGCCCUCUUGCAGCACACGCCUCGAGACGGGCGGAUCACGUACACGGCUUUCCGCUUGGCAGUCCGCGGCAAGCGCGGGCCAGCGUUCAGGGGCGCGACGGGCCAGCCGGGCGUGGGCCCGCUGAUGCCGCGCAUCAAGGUGGCUGUGGCGGCCCUGGUUGCGGGCGGGGUGCUCGAAGAGGCGCCCGGCGCGGACCAGGGCUUCGUGAAGGUGGGCUAUCUCAAGCAGUCCGAGAAGCAAGCGGCCUUUCGCCGCAGCCUCGGCGUCUCGGUAGAG